AAGGAGGGAGCUGCGAGCCAGGGCGGGGGCGAUCCCACCCACCCGCUCGCCCCACUCCCGUCGGACAGCUGCUUCCUCUCGCCUGCUCGUGGGAUCCUGCUGCCCCGGCUGCCCCAUAACGCACCAUCGGCGGCAGCAGCAGCAGCUCCUCGUCCGAUCCUCGGCGGAGGAAGCCUCGGGAGAGCCGCUCGCUCCUGGCUCUUCCUCCUCCGCAGCAGCAGCAGCCGCCAAAACUUCUCUCCAGCUCGGAAACCUCCCUCUCCGCCGACAUGGGCAAAGCGAGCGCCGCUUUCCGUGUCUUCGGGCUGAUCCUGUUCGCCUCCGCGGUUUGGGGUGACGACGACAUCUGUACUACACGAGGAGUAAACUCAUGUCAGCAGUGCUUGGCAGUGAACCCACAAUGUGCUUGGUGUUCCCAGGAGGGCAUGCCGCCAGGAUUUUCCCGCUGCGACUCGAAGGACAACCUCAUUAAAAAUGGCUGCAUGAAAAACUUGAUUGAGUAUCCAGUCAGCAGCACUGAAAUCCUGGAGGAUAGGCAGCUCAGCGACAAAGGAUCAGGAAGUGACAUCACUCAGAUGACCCCACAGAAGAUCAGGCUCCACCUGCGGCCAGAUGACUCCCAAACAUUCACGGUGCAAGUGCGACAGGUGGAGGACUACCCUGUGGACAUCUACUACCUGAUGGACUUGUCCAAUUCCAUGAAGGAUGACCUCCGCAACAUCCAGAACUUGGGUACCAGGCUAGCCAUAGAAAUGCGCAAAGUGACCAGCAACCUGAGGAUUGGCUUUGGAGCCUUUGUAGACAAACCCAUGCCUCCUUACAUGUACAUUUCUCCUCCGGAAGCCAUCAAAAACCCAUGCUAUGACUUGAAGCCCCCAGAUAACCGCUGCCUGCCAAUGUUCGGAUACAAGCAUGUCCUGGCCCUCACAGAUGAGGUAAAGCGUUUCAAUGAGGAGGUGAAGAAGCAGAGCGUGUCGAGGAACCGGGAUGCACCGGAAGGCGGGUUCGAUGCCAUCAUCCAAGCGGUCGUCUGUGAUGACAAGAUUGGCUGGAGACCGGAUGCCUCCCAUUUGCUGGUCUUUACUACAGACGCCAAGACGCACAUUGCUUUAGAUGGGAGACUGGCAGGGAUCGUGACGCCCAACGACGGACAGUGCCACAUGGGAAGCAACAAUUUAUAUGACGCUUCCACCACAUUGGAUUAUCCCUCCCUCGGCUUGAUGACAGACAAACUCUCCCAGAAAAACAUCAACUUGAUUUUUGCCGUGACACAGGCCAUUGUGGAUCUCUACCGAAACUACAGUGAGCUGAUCCCUGGCACUACCGUAGGGACCCUGUCAGCCGACUCCAGCAAUGUUUUGCAGCUCAUUGUGGAUUCCUACGAGAAAAUUCGUUCCAAGAUUGAACUAGAAGUUCGCAAUCUGCCGGAUGAAUUGUCCCUCUCUUUCAAUGCCACCUGCCUGAACAACGAAGUCAUUCCUGGAGUUAAGUCCUGCGUUGGCCUUAAGAUUGGAGACACGGUGAGCUUCAGCAUUGAAGCAAAGGUGCGUGGCUGCCCCGCGGAACCACAGAAGACUUUCACCAUCAAGCCGGUGGGCUUUGAGGACAGCCUGACGGUGCAGGUGAACUUCGACUGCGACUGCCGUUGCCAAAAGUUUGCCAAGCCGGACAGCGACGUCUGCAGCAACGGCAACGGCACCUUUGAAUGCGGCAUGUGCCGCUGCCACCCGGGCCGCCUGGGCACCCAGUGCGAGUGCUCCGAGGAGGAAUACAGCCCCUCGCAGCAGGAUAACUGCAGCCCCCGCCAGGGGCAGCCUGCUUGCAACCAGCGGGGAGAAUGCAUCUGCGGCCAGUGCGUCUGCUACAGCAGUGACUUCGGCAAGAUCUCCGGCAAGUACUGUGAAUGCGAUGACUUCUCCUGUGUCCGGUUCAAGGGCGAGCUGUGCUCUGGUCAUGGGGAAUGCGUCUGCGGUGACUGCGCGUGCGACCCCGACUGGACGGGAGCCUACUGCAACUGCACCACCCGGACUGACACCUGCAUGUCUAGCAACGGGCUGGUAUGCAGCGGACAAGGCCGCGGCUACUGUGCCUGUGGGAAAUGCGUCUGCACCCAGCCUGGCUCUUACGGAGACACCUGUGAGAAGUGCCCAACCUGUCCAGAUGCCUGCACUAUCAAGAAGGAGUGUGUGGAAUGCAAGAAGUUUGAGAGGGGGACCCUGAUGGAGCAAGAGACCUGCAACCGCAACUGCCGGGAUGAGAUUGAAUUGGUGCAGGAGCUAGGAGACAAGGGGAAGGAUGCUGUGAAUUGCACUUACAAGGAUGAGAAUGACUGUGUGGUACGUUUCCAGUACUAUGAAGACUCCAGCGGCAAGUCAAUCCUCUAUGUCAUUGAGGAGCCAGACUGUCCCAAGGGGCCGGACAUCCUGGUCGUUCUCCUUUCUGUGACGGGAGCCAUUUUGCUUAUUGGCUUGGCUACUCUGCUCAUCUGGAAACUGCUCAUCACCAUCCACGACCGGCGGGAGUUCGCCAAGUUUGAAGAAGAGCGGGCCAGGGCUAGAUGGGACACGGCCAACAACCCAUUGUACAAAGGAGCUACCUCGACCUUCACCAACAUCACGUACCGUGGGAAUUCGUGAAGAGAGACAAGGCCUUGCAGGGCCUUCCUUACUGAUGUUUACAGAACAGUCUGUGUUGCGCUGGCAUGUGUGUUGUCUGUGUGCGUUGUGUGCGUAUGUGAGAUGUUUUAACAGCUGUUGCUCAAACGGUUCCGGAGCUUUUGCUCUGCGUUGUUCUGCUGCCGUGUGUGAACUAUGCACUAUGCUUACGAGAUUUUCUGUUUACCUCAGCUCACCUAGUACUGUGGGCCCAGCAGACCCCUAUGCUGAAGGAGAAAGCAGGCCUCUCUUGUCAGUGGGAACAGCAUCGCGCAAAUCCCUCGGAGGGGACCGGACACUCUAGUUGAAUAAAAUUAAGUGGCAGGAAUGUUGAGAUGCAAUCUAACUUCGAAGGGUUUUACUAAUCAGGUUUGGAAUUGGGGAGUUUUCCCUCCAGAAACAAACUUCCCCAGUUCAGAUUAUUACUAACUCACUCCUAGCUGAGCCCAAACUCCUCCUGAAGUUUCACACCUGGUUUGAAAUGGCACAGCUGGUGAAAUCUGUCCCUUGCUUUCGCCGUCGCCGCUUUCCCUUCUCAAGCGAAGUUACCAGUCAGUUGGCUCAGGUGGGCAUGGGAAAGCUAUCUUGCAAGGCCUCCCUGGUGUCUUAGGUGAUACUUGCCAGCAUUUCUGGCACAAGGAUACAUGGGAGAGAUAGUUCCCAUGGAUCCUA